AGAUUCCUGAGGUGUCAGACCAGUGUCGUGCGAGGCCUCGUGGUGCUCACAGUACGGUUACCGAGUCUCCUCAGUUACUGUAUCCAAGACUCCAAAGCUACGAUACAUUGCUGCUUUUACUCGUGUAACAUAAUUACCUGAAACCUUCAUUGCUUCUGUCUUCACCUAUUACGACGCCACCAUGGAAGCUUCACGAUCCAAGAUAACCCUGAAGGAGCUGUGUGAUGGCCUUCCCGUCAGCCCGCUGCCCUCACCGCGGACCCGUGACCCCAGCAUCGCCCACGCCCCCGUCAGGACCCACAGUCUCACCCCGAAACAGAAGGAGCUGGCUCUGAGCAAUGCACUGCGUUACUUCCCUGACCGCUGCCACGCAAGUCUCGCCCCGGAGUUCGCGGAGGAGCUGCGGGUGUUCGGCCACAUCUACAUGUAUCGUUUUCUUCCCAACAUUGAUAUGAGGGCCUACCCGAUCCACGAGUACCCGGCCAGGACCAGCAAGGCGGCUGCGGUGAUGCACAUGAUCAUGAACAACCUGGACCCCCGCGUGGCACAGUUCCCGCAGGAGCUCGUCACAUACGGCGGAAACGGCAGCGUCUUCUCUAACUGGGCCCAGUUCUGGCUGGUGAUGCACUACCUGUCCAUCAUGACGGAGGAGCAGACGCUGGUAAUGUACUCCGGCCACCCCAUGGGACUCUUCCCCUCCGACCCUCGCUCCCCUAGGGUCAUCGUCACCAACGGCAUGGUGAUCCCUAACUACUCCACCAAGGCCAACUACGAUGAGAUGUUUGCCCUGGGAGUCACCAUAUACGGACAGAUGACAGCUGGAAGCUAUUGCUACAUAGGUCCUCAGGGCAUUGUCCACGGAACUACGCUGACGGUGCUGAACGCGGGGCGGAAGUACCUGGGGCUGGAGAGUCUGGCGGGCCGCGUGCUGCUCACCUCAGGGCUGGGCGGCAUGAGCGGGGCCCAGGCCAAGGCAGCUGUCAUUUGUGGCUGCAUCGGUGUGGUGGCAGAGAUGAGUGAGGAGGCUCUGAUGAAGCGCCACGCCCAGGGAUGGUUGCAGGAAUACACCAACAACUUAGACGUCCUCAUUAAGAGAAUUCGAGAGGCACGUGCCAAGAAAGAGGUAACCUCCAUCGGUUAUCUGGGUAACGUGGUGGACGUGUGGGAACGACUCGUGAAAGAAUAUGAAGCCACAGGAGAACUGCUUGUUGAACUCGGCUCCGACCAAACCUCGUGCCACAACCCCUUCGGCGGCGGCUACUGCCCCGUGCAGCUCUCCUUCCAAGAGGCUGAGGAGAUGUUGGUAAAGGACCCCAGUCGGUUCAAGACUCUGGUGCAGGAGUCACUGUGUCGACAGGUUACUGCCAUCAACAAGCUGGCUGACGCUGGCUUAUUCUUCUGGGAUUACGGCAACGCUUUCCUGCUGGAGGCUCGUCGCGCAGGGGCUGACGUUAGCAAACCUGGGGCUGAGGAUCCUCUUACCUUCCGCUACCCCAGCUACGUGCAGGACAUCAUGGGAGACAUCUUUUCCCUUGGGUUCGGGCCCUUCCGCUGGGUGUGCACCUCAGGAGACCCAGCUGACCUACAGACCAGUGAUGAGAUUGCCUACAACGUCCUUGCCACCAUCUGCAGCGAAGACCUCCCGAAGAACGUGCAGCAGCAGUAUUCGGACAACAUGCGGUGGAUCAAGGAGGCGGGGAAGCACAAGAUGGUGGUGGGCAGCCAAGCCAGGAUUCUCUACUCAGACCAGCGCGGGAGGGUCAAGAUCGCUCAGGCCUUCAAUGAUGCUGUGCGGGCUGGAAAGAUUAAGGCCCCGGUGGUGGUGAGCCGCGACCACCAUGACGUGAGCGGCACCGACUCGCCCUUCAGGGAGACCUCCAACGUGUACGACGGGUCAGCCUUCACCGCAGACAUGGCCGUUCAGAAUUUCGUUGGAGACGCCUUCCGAGGAGCAACCUGGGUGGCUCUGCACAACGGAGGCGGCGUUGGCUGGGGCGAGGUGAUGAAUGGCGGGUUUGGCCUCGUGUUGGACGGCUCUGAGGACUCCCACUACCGCGCCACACUCAUGCUCAACUGGGAUGUGUCUAACGGCGUGGCGCGAAGGGCGUGGAGUGGCAACAAGAACGCUCAGGCUACCAUCGUGAGCUCCAUGGCCGAGGACCCACGCCUCAAGAUCACGCUGGCCAACUCCGCCGACCCCGCUCUUGUGGCCCGCUCCAUCGGCAACCUCUGAGCUCCUGUCACGGCUCACAAUGCCUCUGUCACGUCAUGAGUUAUGCUGCUUGCCUCUGCCUCACAAGAGUUGACGUUAUGCAUUAAUCACAUAUGUAUAUUUUGUUCUACUUUUCACAAGGCUCGGUGACACUCUUAUUCAUCAGUUGUUACAAUACUUUUAUCAUUGUGUAUUCCCAGUGUGUUACUUUUCUAACUGUUUUUACGUUUUAAUUAAGCUCUGUUUGUUGGGAAAUUCUCAUGUGCAUUAAGGUUCAGAUUGAGUGGAAGGCGUUGCAUUUCUGUGGAUUUAUAUGGUAUCUUUUUUUUGUAUUAUUGUACUAACUGAUCUGAAUAUAUUUACUCUUGCUAUUAUUGAA